CACAUCCACAAAUAUAAACCCUAACCGUAAAACCUUUUCUAUUUCUCGAUCUCUGUUCUUCCCCCAAUUUUUUUCUUCUUCUCAUCAAUUGCGAAGAAAAAAAAUGUCUCACUUUGGAAGAUCAGGUCCUCCCGACAUCACUGAUACCUACUCUCUUCUCGUCCUCAAUAUCACAUUCCGUACGACCGCUGAUGAUUUGUUUCCAUUGUUCGGUAAGUACGGGAAAGUCGUUGACAUCUUUAUCCCUAAAGAUCGAAGGACUGGUGAUUCUCGAGGUUUUGCAUUUGUACGAUAUAAGUAUGCGGAUGAGGCACAGAAAGCUGUGGAUAGGCUCGAUGGGAGAGUCGUUGAUGGUCGGGAGAUAACAGUUCAAUUUGCGAAAUAUGGGCCUAAUGCAGAAAGGAUUCACAAAGGAAGGAUUAUUGAACCAGUUCCAAGGUCAAGAAGUCGCAGCCCACGCAGAAGGCACCGGGAUGAUUAUUCCAGAGAUAGGGGUUAUAGGAGAAGAAGUCGUAGUAGGAGCUAUGACCGGUAUGAACGUGAUCGAUAUCGUGGGAAAGACAGAGACUAUCGGCGUCGCAGCAGGAGUCGUAGUGCAAGUCCUGACUAUUCUAAAGGUCGAGGAAGAGGGUGCUAUGAUGAUGAUCGGCGGAGUAGCAGUCGAUCACUGAGUGCUUCUCCUGCUCGCCGCAGCCCUAGUCCUCGUAGGAGUCUUACCCCACGCAAGGCCUCUUCUCCAAGGGGUGAAAGUCCUUACAGGCGCAGCCGUGAUGGAGGGUCUCCAAGUCCUCGAAGUGUUUCACCACGAGGCCACCCUGCUGAUUCUCGUAGUCCAUCUCCUCGGAACUCAGAUGUUGAUGAAUAAUCUUGUGGAUGGAUUACUGGAGACUCUAAGUAGCACGUAUCUUGUUGCUAUGUUAGUGUUGAGGACAUUUAUAUAUCUUGUGUUCUCUAGUAUUGGUAGGACUGGUUUUUUGGUGUUUUAAUUAACUGUCCUGAACCUUCUUUCUCUAUCACUUAAGCAGUAUCUUGGAGUCUGAACUAAUGUAGUUUCAAGUUUGAUGUUUCAGUACCCACCAAAGAUUUUGUGAUGUAAGCUGGUUGUUUUAGGUUGCUUUCCGUUCCCCCUUUAGAUCUUAUAGUUGGCUCCUUGUUGCUUGUCUCCCAAAUUAAUUUUUCAUGGAGCCACUCCAGUGUUUCUUUUUAGUUAUUGUGUUUCCCUUUUUUCUAAGAAUGCUGAUUCAUCUGAAACUAUCUGUUGGGUUUUAUAGCAAUGUUCGGGGGAAAGAGUGACUUGGGCAAAUGGACAUGAUGUUGAUGUUGUGGCUGUUGAUGCUGUUUGUAUCUGUAGAUGAAUGAUCGUGAUUGUGAUGCUGGUUAUAGCAGUAUGCUGAUUGCAGGGACAAUCUGUUAAGUACUUUUAACUGAUAUUUAUAAUUGGUAAGACCUGCAGUUGAGUCUUGAUUUUUGAAAGCCUUGCAUCCUUUAGGUUUCUGAUAUUUCUAUGCGGUUACCCUCUUGAUUUGCUCUUUUUCUAAAAUUGAGACCAAGGUUAAGUUGCGGUGAUGGUAGAAAAGGAAAUUUGAACUGUGAAAUGCUGCGUAUGAUGGACGUAUGAUGCAGGUUCUAAAAUAAAGAGAGUAAUGUCUUGAUCUGACCCUUGCAACUGCUUAAUUGAACCAAAAUAACCUUGUGUAUAAUGGUUUCACCGGUGUAUUUAAUCGCACCCUAUUAUUGCUAAUAUUUUGAGUUGUAGCAAAAUUGUACGUGACUGAUGCUGUGAAGUGGUGGUUGUGCGUAUCUGUUGUAAGAUGCAUAUGGCUGGUGUUUUAACCAAAUAGAGGCGGUUGCCGCGUUUUUUUGUCGGUUGCCUUUGUUGCUGGUGUGCUUGAAGCUGGCUGUUGCUGCCCCCUUUACAGGGCCAUGUUAGUUCUACCUUUAUUACCAGUUUUUAUCUUUUUAAAUGUUAAAAAAAAAAAAAAAAACCUUGGGAACCGGUGUAGUGGCAUUGUGAUCUAGUCUUGGUUCAUUCUAAGUACUACAGGUUUGGUAGGAUAUAUUGAAUUUUUUAAAUUAUAGGAAUAGCUUAAAUGGAUGAAGAUGUUGAAAUAAGUGAAUAAAAAAGAGGUGUGUCCUGAAAAUCCAA